GCACAUGUAGAAAAAAAAAUGCUAACAAAAAGCCUUUUGUUGCUGAUUUUCAUCUCAAGGCCACAGUGAGGCCAUGGUGCAAAACCACUCACUCCAAUGCAAGUUCAAGAUAACGACUCAACAAAUCAAGAUACAUUUAUAAUAACUUGGCAGGAAAUGACACCAGAAUUUUCAGAAUAAUAACAUGCAAUGAUCUCUUUCUUAAAGUCAUAUGAAACUUAUAAUUUAAAAAAAGGCCUUAUAGGAACAGAAUAUGUAUAAAAGAGAGAAUACAUAUUGAUCCCGGUUAGAGUUCAUUAUCAAGAACGAACAUAUUUUUAUUUCGUAACAUGUAUUUUAAAUACGAAAUUCGAAGAGGACACAGUUAACUUCAAAGAAAUGAAGACUCUUAUCAUAUGGGUGAUCUGCAGCACUCUACCACUACGCCAGGCUUCAGAGCAGACAGAAUUCACAUUUGGCCAAAAUUGUUCGGUAGUAGCAACGGUGAAUCCUGUAGACGAGAUUUAUGUUUUGUAUGAAGGUGGAAGCUUAUCCAGUGCUUGUGAUACCUUCCAGUUCAAGCAUAAUUCUUCGCUAUGUAUUACAUCUCUGAAACACGACGACCCAGACUGUGCUGUCGAGUUACAAUACUACAUAAAAGCCGAUAGUGGGACUCCAGAGAAGAGAUAUACCUGUACAAAAAGUCCAGAUGAGGAUGACUUCUGUGUAGAUGAAAGUCAAACAAUGUUUUUGAAGUUACAAUCUCUAUCCAACAAUAGACAGAACGUAACCAUCAAACUAAGAAUAAAACUGAUCCAGGUUGAAGAUGCCGAAACUAAGUGGUACAUAUUCAUCAUAUUGGCUUCUGUGUUCAUCUUGGCAGUGAUCGUCAUCGUUGUGCUUUGUAGACUUGCUAUCUACGGAUUAACUCGGAAAUCCAGAUCUCCUGGACGAACAUACAAUGCAGGAGCAGCAUCAGCAAUGAAUAUGCCAUCAAAUGAAGCCUACCCAACACAAACAUCUGGGCAACAAACAACGAACUUUUCUUAUGAAGCAGCCGGCUAUAAUCCCUCCAGUAAAACAGGGAAUUAUUCAACACCACAGGAUUUUUCUGCUUUUACAUACAAUAAUCCCGUCUCGUCAAACUCGUCGUGAAACACAUCCGACUCUUCAUGAGAUACAUACGACACUGACUACUUACGAUAAGUUUCUGAAAACUUUGUCGGGAAAUAAGUGAAAUAACAUUAUCUUUUUACUAAGAUCUAACAAAGACUUUUACUGGACAGUAUUAAAGUUAAUAUAAUGUCUUUAUCAUUCUUAUAUUACAUAAAAAGUAAAUAGAUGUUUGAGUAAAUUAACAGCAGUUUUACAUCUGUAUAUGAAAAAAGCUCAUUAAAGACACGAGGCCUAAAAUUUUGUACGCCAGACGCGCGUUUCGUCUACAAAAGACUCAUCAGUGUCGCUCUAUAUCAAAAGAGUUAAAAGGCUAAAUAAGUAGAAAGUUGAAAAGCACCGAGGACAAGAAAUUCCGAACAGUUUUGCCAAAUACAGCUGAUAUAUUCCUAGAUAGAAAUGUAACGUACAAAGAAACGGUAGUUUGAUUGGUUUCCCCUGUCCGGAAAUCUUUGGAGCAGAUUUUUUGGUUUUUUUUCUUUUGUUUAGUAGGGUUUUUAUAUUUUUUUAAUGUUGUUUUGUAUUUUUUUUUUUUUUUUUUUUUUUUUUGUUAUUUGUUUUGUUUUUUGUUUUGUUUGUUUGUUUGUUAUUUGUUUGGUUUAUUUGUUUUAUUUUGUUGAUGUUUUGGGGUGUUACUAGCGCUAUAUAUUUGCUAUUUUUACUGUUUAUUAUUGUACUUUAUCUAAUUUACGAAAUCUAUUUUAUAUUAGAAUGUAGUAAUUUAAUUUGAUAACUACUACAAUCAGCGUCGUCAUGAAAGAUAGUGAUCGAUGAAGAUAAACCAUUGAAAAAACUCUAAAAUAUUUGUGAUUAUACAUAGCAAUCCUCAGUAGUUCCAGUUACCGAUAUAUAAAAUAAAAUAAUGUUUCUUUGUGUGUAUGACUCUUUUUUGCUAUACUGAAGACUAAAUAAAGUGUCAUUUUUUGGUGUUUUGUUAAUCA